AGUACUUGAGUUUAGGUCCUCCACGAUACAAAUGUAUGUGCUGUCAUUCAAUAAUGUGGAAAGAGGAAAGAAAUAACAAAUCUUCUUCUUCAUCCUCUAUUCCUACAUUCUCAAUAUGUUGUGCAGAUGGACAAAUUAAAUUGCCUGAAGUAAGACAACCUCCUCCUUACCUUGGUCAACUACUAUUUGGAGGCUCUAAAUGGAGACACUUCCACGAUCGUAUUAAAGUUUAUAAUUCCAUGUUCGCUUAUUCAUCAUUGGGGGGUAAAGUGGAUAAGCUUAUAAAUGUUCAUGGUGGAGGUCCAUUCUGUUAUCGACAAGGUGGUCAGAAUCAUCACCAAAUGGGAACUUUGAUGCCAACUGAAGGUCAAAAACCAAGAUUUUGUCAGCUGUACUUUUAUGACACUGACAAUGAAGUUAACAAUAGAAUUAGUGCCAUUCAAACCAAUAAGUCUAAGGAUGCUAAGGAUCGUCCAAAGCCAGAAAUUGUACAGAACCUAAUAAAUAUGUUUGAUGAGGUGAGUCCUUUAGCCAAAAAAUUUCGACAAGCAAGGGACCGUUUUAAAGAGGGAGAACCGCCGGAACUUAAGAUCCUUCUUAAAGAAUCCAGUUCUGCAUCUGGGCGUCCAAAUCAUAUUACUCCGUCUUCAGAGAUUGCUGUAUUCAUUGUCGGUGAAAAUGAUCCUAAUAUUGGUGAUAGAGAUGUCAUUCUCCAUCUUAAACAUGGUGGCCUAGAAAGAAUAAGUUUCAUACACCCUCUUUUUAUGGCACUUCAGUAUCCAAUUUUAUUCCCACGAGCCGAGGAUGGAUUCCAUACAGGUAUAAGAUACAUACGCACAGCUUCAAAUACUGGCAAGAAAAGAGAACAUGUCACUUUGAAGGAAUAUUACUCUUACCAAUUACAUAUAAGACCAAGUGAAGGGAUGACACUACGAUAUGGAAGACGUCUAUACCAACAAUAUAUUGUUGAUGCAUUUUCUAUUAUCGAACAAACACGUCUUUACUGGUAUAAAACUCAUCAAACAACGGUGAGGGCCGAUAUGUAUAAAAACAUUCGUGAUCAUGUAAGAAAAGGUGAUGAUGAUCCAAGUUCUUGCGGCAAGUCUUAUAUUUUACCAGCAUCAUUUACAGGUUCAAGGCGUUACAUGAACCAAAACUUUCUUGAUGCUCUUGCAAUAUGUCGUGCUAUUGGACAUCCCGACAUUUUUUUAACUAUGACAGCUAAUACUAAAUGGCCAGAAAUUAAAGACAUGCUUCAGUACACUCCUGGCUUGACUGCAGAUGAUGCCCCUGAUGUAGUUGCUCGAGUCUUUAAGUUGAAGUUGGAUCAACUUAUUCAUGUCAUAAAGAAGAAAAACUUUUUUGGACGCUGUAUUGGAGCAUUACAUGUCAUAGAAUUCCAGAGGGGAUUGCCUCAUGCGCACAUGGUAAUUUGGCUCCAUCCCGAUGAUAAACCAAAGACAAUUCAACAAAUAGAUCAAAUAAUUUCAGCUGAGAUUCCAGACAAACAACAAGAUCCUCAUGGAUACGAUGCUGUGCAAAAAUUUAUGAUACAUGGACCGUGUGGUAAACUAAAUAUGUUAUCUCCCUGCAUGGAUUUGAAACGCAAUGCUUGCACACGCCAUUUCCCAAAAAGGUAA